AUGCGGUCGAGCUGCCGGCGCCUCGUCGUCGCCGCGGGGCUCUGGCAGUUCGUCGUGUCCACGGGCCAGAUCCUCCAGCCGCUCGUGCUCCGCGCGCUCGUCGUCGCCGUGUCCGCCGAGGACCCCGCGGCGGCGCGGGCCCGGGGCCUGCGCGUCGUCGCCAUGAUCUUCGCGCUCGUCACCGUCGCCAUGUUCGCGCAGCAGCGCCAGCUCCACCUGUCGACGCGCUGCGGCAUGCGGCUCCGCGCGCUCGCCAUCGCCGAGGUCUACGGCGCCGCCGUGUCGCGCCCCAUGGAGGCGGGCGCGAGCGGCGGCGAGGUCGCGACGCUGGUGGGCGUCGACGCGACGAAGCUCUUCGAGGCGUCGCUCGACGUGCACCUCAUCUGGGCCGCGCCGCUGCAGAUCGUCGUCGUGUCCUGCCUCCUCGUCUACUUUGUGGGCGGCGCCGCGGCCGUCGCCGUCGGCGUCGCCUGCCUCGCCUGCAUCGUGCCCCUCGGCAAGGCGCUCCAGCGGAAGAUGCUCGCCAUCCGCUCGAGGCGCAUGCCCGUGACGGACAGGCGCGUCUCCGAGGUGAGCGAGGUGCUCUGCGGCAUCCGCGUGUCGAAGCUGAACGGCUGGGAGGGCCUCUGGGAGAAGCGGUGGCGCGCGCUGCGCCGGGAGGAGCUGGGCCACACGCGGCGCGAGAUGUUCGUCUACGGGCUCGCGAUGCUCCUGAUGGUCACGUCGCCCGUCGUCGCGACGAUCGCGCUCUUCACGACGCACAUGCUCUCCGACGGCGACGCGCGGCUCUCGCCCGCGGACGCCUUCACGGUGCUGGCGUUGAUCGGCGCGCUGCGGUUCCCGAUCAACAAGCUCGGCACGCUCCUCGGCCAGAUGGCCGCCGCGCGCAAGAGCUGGGAGCGCCUCGCGGCCUUCGUGUCGCCGUCGGAGAAGCCGAGGGUCGCCGGGCGCCGCGCGCUCGUCGACGACGAGGCGCUCGCGGUGGAGCGGGGCGCCUUCAAGUACGCCGGCGCGGACUUCGCCGUCGGCGGGACGCGGCGCCUCGACCUGACCUUGAACGUCGGCGAGCUCUGCGCCGUCGUCGGGCCCGUGGGCUGCGGCAAGUCGACGCUCGUCGACGGCCUGCUCGGCGACGCGGCGCCCCUCGACGGCGCCGUCUCCGUGUCGCUCGAGCGGUCGCGGCUCGCGCUCGCGUCGCAGCGGCCGCGCGUGCUCAACGACACGCUCCGGCGCAACGUGACCAAGUUCGGGCGCGAGGCGACGGUCCUCGGCGGCGACGACGCCGACGGCCGCUACGCGGCGGCGCUGACGGCGGCGCAGCUCGACGCGGACGUCGCCCGGCUCCCCGACGGCGACGCGACGGAGAUCGGCGAGCGCGGCGUGACGCUGUCCGGCGGCCAGAAGGCGCGCGUGGCCAUCGCGCGCUGCGUCUACGCGCGGCCCCGCGUCGCCGUGCUCGACGACCCGCUGUCGGCGCUCGACGCGUCGACGGCCGCGCGCUGCUUCGACGCGCUGUUCAAGCCCGGGUCCGGCGCGCUCCGCGAGACCGCGGCGACGGUGCUCGUGACGCACGGCACGCACUUCCUCCACCGCGCGGACAAGGUCGUCGUGCUCGACGCCGACGGCGACGUCGCCUUCGCGGGCACGUGGGCCGCGGCGGCGGCCGCGGCCGCGGAGCGGCCCGACGACCCGGCCCUCGCGCCCAUCGUCGCGGCCGCCAGGGAGGCCGACGCGCCCGAGGCCGUCGAGGAGGACGCGCCCGCGGCGGCCCUGGACGAGGUCGUCGUCGCGACGGCCGCCGGCAAGCCCCGGGCGCUGAUGACCAAGGAGGCGCGCGAGGAGGGCGUCGCGUCCGCGGCGACGUGGUGGACGUGGGCCAAGGCCGCCGGCGGCGUGCCGUUCCUCGCGACCCAGUUCGCCACGCUGGCCCUCGACCGCGCGUGCUACGUCGCCACGGAGUGGUGGCUCGCGCGCUGGGCGGACUCGAAACACGAUUCGUGCGACGUCCUCGGCCUCGCGACGUUCCCGUCCCAGGACGACGGCGGGCUGACGGGCGCGCGGCGCUGGGCGGAGGUCUACGUCGUCCUCGGCGUGUUCAGCGUCAUCUUCUGCUUCGCGCGCACGCAGUGGGGGUUCCGCGGGGGCGUCCUCGCCGCGGGGAGGCUCUACGACGGCGUCUCCGCGCGGGUCCUCCGCGCGCCCAUGGCCUACUUCGACACGGUGCCCAUGGGCCGCGUCGUCAACCGCUUCACCUACGACACGGAGCAGAUCGACGUCGUCCUCACGCAGAAGGCCGUCAUGGCGAUGAUCUCCAUGGGCUGGGCCAUUACGGGGGUGGUCCUCAUGAUGGGCCUCACGAAGGGCCUGCUGUUCCCCGGGUUGGUGGUCGCCUUCGGCACCUACUACAAGCUGCAGAAGUUCUACCGGCGGUCCGCCGUCGACUUGCAGCGGUUGGACGCCGUGUCGCGGUCGCCGCUCCAGCAGCUCGUCUCCGAGGGCGUCGACGCCGCGGCGACGAUCCGCGCGUUCGGCCGCGGCGCCGACUUCGUCGACACCUUCGAGCGGGCCGUGGACUCCAACACGGAGGCGCUGCUGUGCUGGACGGCGGCGCAGCGCUGGGUGGGGCUGCGCUUCGACGCGUGCGCGGCCGUCGUCGCCGUCGCCGCGGGCGUGCUCAUCUGCUUCCGCCACGACGUCGGGUUGAGCCCCGCGUUCGCGGGGCUGCUCAUGUCGUGGUCGUUCCACCAGGCGAUCACGUUCAUGUACCUGUGCACGACCUUCGCCGAGGCGGAGAUGGCGCUCACGUCCGUGGAGCGCGUCACGGAAGCGACGCCGCGGGAGGCGGACGACGGCGUCGCCGCGCCGCCGGAGGGCUGGCCCGCGAAGGGGAAGGUCGAGUUCGCCGACGUGACGCUCCGCUACCGGCCGGGCCUGCCGCCGGCGCUCAAGCAUUUGACAUUGACCGUGGACGCGGGCGCGAACCUCGGCGUCGUGGGGCGGACGGGCGCGGGCAAGUCGACGCUGGCCGUCGCGCUCUUCCGCCUCGCGCCCCUCGACGGGGGCCGCGUCCUCGUCGACGGCGUCGACCUCGCGUCGCUGAAGCUCGCGGACGCGCGGCAGCGCGCGGCGCAGAUCAUACCCCAGGACCCCGUGCUCUUCUCGGGCACGCUGCGGAAUUGCUUGGACCCCUUUGGGACGCACGGCGACGGCGAGGUCGCGACGGCGCUGGGGCUGGUGCUGCGGGACCGCGCGCCGCCGCUGGACGCGGCGGUGGUCGACGGCGGCGCGAACUACUCCGUGGGGGAGCGCCAGCUGCUGGCCAUCGCGCGCGCGCUGCUCCGCCGGCCCAAGGUUUUGGUGAUGGACGAGGCGACGUCGAGCGUCGACGGCGGCACGGACGCGGAGAUCCAGGCCAUGCUCCGCGAGCUGCCGCAGCUCGCGGCGACGACGGUCAUCUCCGUCGCGCACCGCCUGCACACCAUCAUCGACUACGACGCCAUCGCGGUCCUCGACGACGGCGCCUGCGUCGAGCUCGGCUCGCCCCACGACCUCCUCCAGGACCCGGCGGGCUUCCUCUCGUCCCUCGUCGACGCGACGUCGCCGGAGACGGCCGCGGCGCUCCGCCGCACGGCGCAGAGCGCGUCGGACACGAACCUCAAGGAUCUCGCGUGA